CCUCUCCAGACGGGGUGAUGGGAGGGCUCUGGCCUGGGGUCUGGGGCCGCGCCGUGUGCGGUGGCUGGCGCCGGUGCCCCCCUGCAGCUGGGUCGGCCGGGCGGGUAGGACCUUUCCUUAGGCCCCGGUGGACGGAGGCCGGAGGUGAGGGGAAGGCUGCGAGGCGGCUCGGGACGUGGGGGCGCCCGGGCCCGGGGCCGGCCUGGGGUUCGGCCGCGGAGGCGCCGCGGCGGCCGAAGAGCACGAACCGGUUCGCGCGGGCGCAGGAGGACGAAUGGCGGCGGCGGAACCGGACGCUGCUCACCUACGUGGCCGCGGCCGCCGUGGGCAUGCUGGGGGCCUCGUACGCCGCCGUGCCCCUCUAUCGGCUCUACUGCCAGACUACAGGACUUGGUGGAUCAGCAAUAGCAGGGCAUGCAUCAGACCAGAUUGAAAACAUGGUGCCUGUUAAGGACCGGAUCAUUAAGGUGACCUUCAAUGCAGAUGUACAUGCCAGUCUCCAGUGGAACUUCAGACCUCAGCAAACAGAAAUAUAUGUGGUACCAGGAGAGACUGCACUAGCAUUUUAUAAAGCUAAGAAUCCUACUGACAAACCAAUAAUUGGAAUUUCUACAUACAAUGUUGUACCAUUUGAAGCUGGGCAGUAUUUCAAUAAAAUUCAGUGCUUCUGUUUUGAAGAACAAAGGCUUAAUCCCCAAGAAGAAGUAGAUAUGCCAGUGUUUUUUUACAUUGAUCCGGAAUUUGCUGAAGAUCCAAGAAUGGUGAACGUUGAUCUCAUCACUCUUUCUUAUACUUUUUUUGAAGCAAAGGAAGGGGAAAAAUUGCCACUUCCAGGCUAUAACUGAAGUAGCAACCAAGACCUGCUUCAAAUUUGUGAUUUUUGAAAAAUCAUUUAUCCUGCCUUCUCUGAAGAGAAAUAUUCUACAAUCAUGUAAAUUGAAGCUUCUAUUGUUAAAUGGCUCUGCUGUUCUUUUUCUCUAAUUUAUCCCACUUAAAAUAGGUUAAGCUUGUACCAUAUAUGCCUAUGAAGAAUAUGUGACUGUUUAAUAACACACUGACAGUAUUAAAAGAAACUGCUUCAUACUUCUUAUAUAUAUACAUAUAUACAUACAUAUAUAUAUAUAUAUAUAUAUAUAUAUAUAUAUAUAUAUGCAUGAGUUUGAUGGUCCAGCUUAAUUCUAUAGUUUCCUUUUUGAUUAGUAACCCUUCAUACUUUUAGCAAUGAAUCUGAAAAAGUUUUAAAGAAUUUAUGCUCCAGAUUGUUUAGGUCAGAGGCCAGAACAUCUGGCUACAUAUUUUGCUAUCUCCAAAAUAUUUGGCUAUUUAUUUCCUUGAGUGUAAACACUUAUUAUUUUAAAUAUUCCAAGUGAAGAGAGAAGAGUCACUGAGGACUAAGGGCUUUUUUUUUUAAGACUUCAAUAUCUGUGGCUGUUUUACUUUUAGAGUACCGAAUAGGUAAUUAUUUGGAAAUUAUGGUGGUAUUAUUGAAAUAAAAUGCAAGAAUUAUGUAUAUCAGGCUAUGUUAGCAUUUACCUUCAUAGUUCCAACUCUUAAUACUAAAACACAGGGUAGGAUUGUGAAGAUGUACUGAUGUAAAAGUUCUUUUGAACACAAGACUAAAACAAAGAUUAUUAAAUUAUUUUAAUAGUAAUUUGUCAUUGUAGUUUAUGAAAAUAAUGCACAAUUGAAUGGUUUCCAUUUGUCUUUGUUCCAAAUAGAGAUGUUAAUUACAGUCCUAGGGGGAAAAUAUUUAGCAUUACAAAGAAUCAUAUAAAAGCUACCUGAUACAUACUCCAGUAGUGACUUGGUUCAGGGCACUUGAAAUAUAAUUAAAAUACAAUCAUCAAGUCUUUACAACAAUUCUAAACAAUAGUAUUAUU